AGGCAAUGGGCUGGUCAUUUGAUUAUAUUACAUCCACAAAACCUGAGACCCAAUCCACUUACUUUAAAGCUUAAUUAAUCUAUCGUCAACAAAAUGGGAAAGUACAAUAUAUCUAUUAUCCCUGCUAGCUCAAAAUCACUACCAGUGUGUGUAUUGUUGAUGUGCUUAUUGCUCUCCCAGGCGGCGGCAGGCAUGAAUGACGAUGAAAACAUUCUUAACCUCGACCUCUCUAAGAUUCUUGAAGAAUAUAAAACAAGGUUGUCGUCGCCGUCCCUCCUGCACCAACGGGGGCGGCAAUCGGCCGGUGGCAUAUAUUAUCCCGAUAGAUCUGCCCCAGGUGGACCAGAUCAAAAACAUCAUAAGCAUAAGCCUACCCCCGCCCCCGCCCCCGCCCCCGGCAAACAUACCAGCCCCAUGCCCUAGCUGAUCCAGGUAAAACAAACUGCCAUGCGGGCUCAAAAUUAAUAUGAAGGUACGUAGCUAGCAGCGGAGAUAGAUGAUGCAUAAUAUAAUAAGCGGAGUGUUGGCAUUUGAAGUGGCCGGCGCGCUCAUGAUGAAUAAGACUUAGCAGCUCGCUAGCUGAUAUGCUAUAUAGCCAGCUACUAUCUGUGUAUAGGUGUGUAUGUGUAGUAUAUAAAUAAUAUGCAUGGGACAAUUAAAGAUAUCAUAUAUAGAUGAUAUCAUAUAUGUACCCAUUUUAUAUAUAAUACUGUAACAAUGAUCUCUCUCACUUGCUGCUCCCUACGUACGUAGUUUAUGUGUAUAUACUGUGUGUGUUAUAUAUAUGCUUAUAUAUAUCACUGCGUCAAUGAAGAAGUUUGAAUAACGACCAAAAUGACGGAGUACAUCCUUUAUAUAUUCAUCUCUCAUUUAAGAAGAAGACUUAAUUGAUCAAUGUGGCCAAG